AUGCGGCACAAGGCAUUUUGGAGUGCCCUGGAGUACACCUGCCGACUGCUGGGCAUCUCCACUGCAGCAGUGCUGAUCGGUGUGGGCGUAGAAACUCUGCAGCGAGGACAGUUCAAAAGCCUGGCUUUCUAUCUGCUUUUUUCAGGGGUUGCAGUUACUGUCUGUGAAGGCUGCUUCUUUAUCAGUUUGUUCCUGGAGAUGUGCUUCACAUAUGAGCCUGACUCCCUGGCGCAGGCCUGCUGGAAGCGAGCUAGACGCCCAGGGAGCUUCCAGAAAUUCCUGGGGUACACACUUCUCUCAGUGGCUUGCUUCCUGCAUCCUGUCCUCAUCUGGCACGUCACCAUUCCUGGGUCCAUGCUGGUGCUCACUGCCCUGGCCUUUUUUAGCAAGAGAAGGAAGAGCGCAGGGCACAAAGAGACACAUCCCGAGGCAGGCCAGUAUGUGGACCCUUCAGCCACUGUUGCAGCACCAACCAUUGCUGGUGACACUGAGCAGACCUACACCUUCCACGGGGCCCAGAGGGAGCAGCACCGUUCACUGCUGGGCCACAUGAAGAGCAUUCUGAAGGGCAGCAAGGACAGAAGCACAGCUCCUCCAGCAGCCCUGCCAGCCCCACGCAAGCAAGUGCACUUCCAGGAGAAGGUGGUGCAGAUCAUCCCCUCUGUCAGUGAGAGCUUCGAGGACAUGGACAGCGAGGCUGAAGAGACCACAUCAGACACGACACCCAUCCUCACCCCACCCGAUGUCCCUGUCAUCCUCUCUCCCCUCAGCACCACGGGCCUUUUUUGA